CUUUGAGUUGUGGUCCAGUCGCUGAAGAGGGAUGUGGUAUAAUGGGGCUUGGGUUGGACCGGGUUGCUUCAUAAUCAUCCAAGACUUGAUCAGAGAAGGUGCUGGUCCAUAGUCAUGAUAGUGCAGGAACUUCUAUCAGGGCAACAUCACCGCAUACUCUUGAGUGAUCAACACCAACAGCAGUAUACUACCUUGGAAUAGGACAGAGUUCAGAAAGUGAUUUAUAAUAAAAACUCACUUCUCGAUAUAUAUUUCGUUUGUUUCUGCUUAGGAAGAGCGUCUGGUACCAGAAUGUUCCCAGUUUGUGAAGAUGAUGCGGCACGGUGUGUCACGGCCGCUGAGUUCUUUGGAGAUAUGAUGAAUCUAAGCAGGGACGUUAAAGGGCGUUUACCCAACUACCAUCCCCCCGACUCAACCAGUACAACCUCGCACACGGCGUCGCAUCACCACCACCACUGCGACGCGGCCAGUGACCACGUGACUUCUGACCACCACGGAGCAGGCGCCACGAACGAGGAAGACAUGAACGCACUGAGGCACAGGCGGCGCCGCAGUCGUACUAUAUACACACGGCUGCAGCUAGAGAGCCUGGAACAGGUUUUCAGUAAGAACAAAUACCCAGAUAUUAAUUCGAGAGAAGCGCUAGCUGAUGCCAUCGAUCUAACCGAAGCCAGAGUUCAGGUAUGGUUCCAAAAUCGUCGGGCACGGGAAAGACGGCAAGAACGUUCAGGGAAGAGCUCUCCAGAUAGUCGUCAAAGUCCGACCUACCAUCAACAAGCAUCUGACUUCAGGAGCGAUAACCAAUAUUACCACGAGGUCAUCGGCGAGGCCGCUGGUCGUUUGAUGAACAAGGCCGAUGGCAGUCCAAGAAUCAAGCAAGAACCCGAUGGUAGCUCUGGCGUGAAAACGUCCAAGGUUUCCCCUCUUAUGUCCAUUGAGUUCUUAUCAAAGAGUAGCCGCGAUGAAGCUGACUCCUCCGCAAAGUCUCUCCAUCAAGAUUACAACCAGAAACAGAAGCAACAACUAAAACACCUCUGUUCUUUUCAAUCAUCACCGGAUCUUUACGCCAGGUCCACUCUUCAUGCCAACGUCAGAGACAUUUCUGCUUCAGGACACAGCCCGAUGACAAGGCAUCAUUCCCCGUCUGUACAUGUUGACGUUGCGGACGUCGACGGUGACUACCAGAAACUGUCAUCACACCCUUACUACCCGACCACCGAGACUUCUAUGAAGUAUGCUUACUAUCUUGGAGUUCCUCUUGUAUCUUUCCAACCGAUGAAUUAUUGCAAAGACGCCCACUAAUAAUAAAAUGCACUCUGGGAAAUAACAGAGCAAAGAAAUUGACUUUACUGUGGAUGAUAGAGGCAAACUUUCCAUUUCAACUCUACACAAAGGCUUGCAUCAGCAAGCACAAUUGAUACCUUUAGAUUUAAUAUUAUAUACAACUUUGUCAACCUUAAAAUUUAUACGAAUUAUGACAACUAUACCACCUUUAAUUAUGCUUUGUUAUAAUAAAUCAAAAUAAUUGGGGAGGAAAUAGGCAUAAACUAUUAACAAAUAAUGCUUUAUUACUGAUGUUUCAUAAUUUGUUCACCUAAUAAUUUUUUGGUCUUUCUGUUGAAGGUCAAGUCCACCCCAAUAAAAUAUUAUUUUAAUUGAAUAAAAAGAGAAAAUAGAACAAUAAGCUUGACACUCUAAAGUUUCAUCUAAAUCUGAGAGCCAAAAAUAAAUUUUCGCUUAAUUUCAUAAAACAAGUAUCUGGACAUCCUGAUCGAUAUGACAUCGCCAUCACUAUAUCUUUUGUAUUUAUUGUAUGCUUUUAAAAUCUUAUUGGGGUGGAAUUGACCUUUAAGGGGAAAAACAACAAUCACCGGUAGCUAUGACAAUAACACUGCAUGUGUUGAUAAUUUCGCUCUUAGAAUCAUUUGUUUUAAGCGCUUGACAAAAUUAUUAUCAUUAUAAAUGGUAUGAAAACGAAAAUCAGACUCAAUUUUGAUUUGAUUGAUUUUCCAUCAUAAUUGUGUUUAUCUAACUUGAUAGGAUUUCGCCCUUGUCUAUUUUAUAAGAGCCUUACGGACAAGGGGUUCUUGAGGGUUGCACGACACACCUCUAGGAAAGUAAAUAGCACCCCACCCCGGGCAAAUGUCGAUUUUUUAGUUAAUAUAGGCCUAACUUUUUUAUCUUCUCUGUUUGUGCUUAAUAUCAUUCGUAUAAGGAGGUAAAUAUCGACCUAUUCUUUCUUUCUUUUUUGCUUUGAUUUUUUUUGUCAAUGGGAGUUCCCUCUCAAGAAUGAUGAUAGUACGUGUUCGUAUCGGUAUCUUUCACUUCAAUUAUUUGACGCUGCCUUGCCGGCAUGACAUUCUACUUGCCUUGAUCUUAUUAUAUUGUAAAUAAGAUGUGUGGUAUAAAAUGAUACUACCUCAUAUUUAUCUGAAAUAUUUAUUAAGAUAUUUGUCUCGUGAUGAAAUUUGAAUUUGUAAUAUUUGUAUUUCUCAAUAAUUUCCUUUGCAAUUAUCAAAUAAAUGUUGAAAACUA